UUUUUGGCCUGGGCCGGCCUAUCACGCGAUGCCUGGACGUGGGAGCAAACCUUAUUUUUUGGCCCUCGGCCUGGCACCCAAGUCCUGGUCAAGACUUUGACCUGGGCAUUGAUUGGCACCUUACGCAGAGACCUCGAGGGAGGGAGAGGGCGGAAUAGCCUGCCCGGCGCCCAACACCCCUCACAUCCCAUCCCAUGCUCGCCUGCCCUCUCUCCACCAGGGCGAGCCACACCCCGGCACCGGAUCAGAGAAACAUGAUGCGCGUACCGGGAAACUCUAAAGUCCUGACAUACCAUUCUGCCCGAGCAUCCCCAGACUGUCUUGCCCCCCCGCCCCUGGUUCCGGCUAAGUAUUCUCCACAAUUUCAUCCCGCCCAACUCUCUGAGCGACUAUGCAUCUGCCCGCGCGAGAAGGUCGUCGCCGCAGUCUGUUUCCCCUGAUUCGACUCCGAGCCUCGUCGGGCCCGCGAAUAGCUGACACACGAGGCCAAUCUUUUGUUGUACCCAGUACGGUACCGUCCGGCUCAUGGCCAAGAGAUCCUGGCACGAAGUAACCGACUCCCUGUCGCAGGACAUGGCUAGCCCUCCCCUUACGAGCAGGCGCCGCGGCUAUGAUCUGCCACCGGGUUCUUCCUCGGCCGGCCUGACCCAGGCCCAGACCGGGGAAACUCCUAGGCGCACCAGUCACCCGUCCCUCUUCCAGUCCGUUUCCACACCACGUGGCGAUGUGCCGCCCUUCCAGCAGCCUCAGCGGAACCCUUCCCUGGCAUCUGUGGAGAUAUCGCGGAAAGUGAAGGCCUGUGCAGCAUGUCGUAAGCAGAAGAUCAGAUGUCACAUGGAGGAUGGCAAGCCUCCAUGUGUGCGGUGCAAACAAAGGAAUCUCUCUUGUGUCCUAAACAAGAGUUUACAGAUGCUCAUGGAUGAGAGGUCUCAGUGGCACCAAGACGUUGUCGGCGACCUGGAGCUCAUAUACACGGGUGUUCAAGAGCUGAGGGAACGGUCUGCUCUUCCUCCCCUUACCGGACUCCGCAGCUCCUCUGACCGGCCGGGUCCCGACACAAUGGACCCGGGCGUGCAGGAACAGCACGAAGAUAGCGGCGGCGUGUCACCAGGAGACAACAACUCGCCAACCAUGAUGAACAUCCUGGAUGAAGGCAUGACCGACGUCACCACGCAUCACGCGGGCUUCUUCCCACCCUCUAUCUCAUCAAUAAACCCACAAGGAAGCCGUCCGCCCCUCCCCUCUCAUGACUCGGGCGAGGACGCCCAGAGUCUCCACUCCGGGGGCGGGGCCCUACGGGACUUUAUCGCCGCGGGGCAGAUCUCCCUGGUGGACGCACAGCGGCUCUUUGAUCUUUACAUCGAGCGGCUUGACUACUUCGCAUACAGGAUCGGUGGCCGCUGGCGGACGCUAGACGCGCUGAGGGCGCGGAGCGCCAUUUUGACCGCGAGCAUCCUGACCGUGGCCGCAUUGCAUGAUUCCUCGUCGAAUCAAAUUUACCCGGUCUGCAACAGAGAGUUACGGCGCCUGAUCUCGGCAAGUAUAUUCGACAGGAGGGUUAACCGUGACCACCUCAGAGCCCUCUGUGUGGCCUCGUACUGGCUGAGCGAUAUCAGCUGGACCCUUUCCGGCAUGGCGAUUCGCCGGGCGACCGAGAUCAACCUGAGCGGUAAUUAUCAGAGGGUACUCAUGGAGGGCAGCGAGGAUGCGGCUGACUGCCUCAGGCUGUGGUACAAUCUUUUCAUAUGUGAUAGGAACCUGUCCACUCUCUAUAGUAGGCAGACUCUUGUGUGCGAAGACGCCAGCACUCAGGGCUGGGAGGAGUUUCUCAAGACGCCAUCCUCCACGGAUCAUGACAAGAGACUAAUGAGCCAGGUCUCCUUGCAUCUGAUUCUCACAAGCGUCCACGAACUUUUCGGACCGGACAACGGGGUCAUGAUUCCGCCUGCUUUUUCAAUGCAGAUUGCGCACUACAGCCGUCAGCUGGAUCAUUGGGUAGGUGUGUGGUCGACAACACUGAAGAGCUGCUCCUCGACGAUCGGCGAAUUUCCAGUCAAGAAUGCCCUAAUUUACUACCAAUUCUCGAAGCUCUACCUCUUCAGCCACGUCUUCCGAGGGCUCGCGAGCAAGGAUGCUGUCCCCAUCCCGCUGCGCGAGGCUGCCUCGGGUGCUAUUGCGGCGGCGACCAACAUGAUCGAGCUUGUCCUGCAGGACCCAGACAUUGCGGCCAGCCUCCGGGGCAUGCCCACCUUUGUGCACGCAAUGGUAUGCUUCGCCUGUGUGUUCCUUCUGAAACAAGCUGCCAAGCGGCAGGACGGGCUGGUGGACGGCGGCCACGUCGGUGACCUGGCAAGCAGGCUCGUCGCACAGUUUAGAUCGAUCCAGGCAGGCAAGUGGCACAUAGCUCACAUCAUGGCCGAUGGGCUGGAAAAGUCGGCUGCUUCACUACUCGGCGAGAGUGGUUCGAGCAUGGCAGAGAGACAAGGCAGUAGUGCAGGUAGCGGUCUCGCCAAGGGGGGCCCUGGCAGCAUGGCCGAGGAUUCGGGGCCGGAGGAUACAUCUGGCAUUGCAUUUGGGUUGUAUGCUGACCCGAACGCCUCGUCUUUCCAGGGACCCGUUCCAUCGGGCCUUGGUGAUGUGGGGGGCUCGGUCGGGAUGCAGUCGAUGCAGGGUGCCAUCCAGAGUCCUGGCUUGGCUUUUGGGCCCCAGGGCUUCUUCGAAUUUGGUACGGCCCCGCCGGGUUCAGAGAAUGAGCCUUUCGGAUUCCCAUGAACGUCGGUACGCAAUCAAGUAGGGGCCAUUCUUGUCCUGGGGCCUUGUGUUCUUCCUUCGCAGAGUGAGGUGGUCUUCAAAAGCAACUUCGGGACUUGGACAAGGAGCUGUUGACUUGAUAUGGGAGACUCGGAACCUUAUGAACAUAACGCAAUCAUUGACACAGGCUUCAUGCGGGUGCCACUGCGGUGUUACAGGACAAAUGAUCACCUGUUGUUCGUUUUCUGGUAGCCGGAAGGCCACCCCAGAUGCAAAGGAUGGAAUCUGGCAGCUGGCUCUUUGUCUCAGCCACUCGUUGCCCCACCACUCUCUCCAUAUACAGCAAUAUCUUGGCCGAAUAAUUAACCCUCUUGCCGGGGGCAUCAAGAGAUGCAGGCUUUGUCAGCUGUUUCAGGAACAGUCUCUUCUCGUCUCGGUAACUUUCAACUGGUGCUACUGUCCACCUGGGCUUAGGUAGUACCUUUGCCAUGACAGACAAGACCGGCAGAGCUUAUCCUCAGGUUCCGUGGCUCCCAUACUGCUGCCCCAGCUGUUUAUCAUGCUUGUUUCGCCUGUCUGGCAGUUCGUUCCUACUGGGCGGGUGGGCCGAACGCGAGGCGUGAGGUUGGGCCCUGAAAGUCGACCUGCGAGACGUCGAUCUUUUCGCCGGCAGAUGGUGCACUAGAAAGCAGUUGAGCAAGAUCCCCAAAUGGCUGGCGGGCCUUGGACUUGGGCGAGAAGUCGGCGAUGGGUCUCGCAGAAGCGCCAAGUAAAUCAUGGUCGCCCAGGUCGCGUUCAUCGUCCUCCCAGUCGCCUUGAAACGUAAAAGAACCAUUUUCCGAGGAAUUCUUGUCGUCAUCGUCGCCUCUCAGGUCGUAACCUUCCUCGUCUUCAUCUAUCUCCAUCCCCUGAUCCUCGUCUUGGUGCAUAUCCGCCUCCUCGUUGCCGUCACCAUUCCCCUCAAUGAGCUUAUGUGGCCGAGGCUCAGCCCAAGGUGAAUGAAGAAGAGCAUGUACCCUGACCAGCUUCUUUGCAAACGGCGACUUAGGCAUCAUCUGUUCCGCGGACUGAUCCAAUGCAGCAGCAACAGCUGAUCCAUUGCCGACAUUAGCCCUGGCCCUUUUUUUCGCGAUGCGUCUGUGACGCUUCCUGAUGAAGCGGACAUGAGCCGCAUCAAGUGAUUCCACAAGAUCUCUGACGAUAAUAGCUGGCAUGUCGCUGGGCAGGCUGGAGACUUUGAUGAUGUGCUCCCAGCACCGCGCUCCCAGCGGUGGGUUGGAGCAGCCGUGACAGGGCGUCUGUGGACCACAUUCCAGCUGCAGGUCCGGAACUGGUACAAUAAAGUGUCGCUCAACAUGGUCCAGCAAGUCCAUGAGCACGGGGGUAACGUCGCGGGCGUUUGGGCCCUGUUUUUGCAAGGCUUGACACAGCACAUGAGCCCUUUCGGGUGACGAGACCCACAUGGGCCAGCUGGUGCGAGCAAGUCCAGCACGGGGUAUCAGGACAUCCAGACGCUCCAGAGGAUCUAUAGGCAGGUUACCUAUGCCCUUGAGAACCUCUCUGAUGCGUUUUUGAUACGCCGCUCUGGCGUUUCCGGCUUUGCGUCGCGCGCGUACCGAGAGGCCGGCAGUGAUGUUUACCGGGUGUGCGUGUGCUUUACCAGUUUUUACACGACCCAUGGUGAUAGUUCGGUAAUGCACCCGUAUAAAAACGGCUUGGAGAGAAGGUCGAGAUGUUGGUGGGUUCGGAUAGCAUUGACAGCAGAC